AUGUCUCGCGCAUCUAAGCUGACUCUGGCGGCCACUGGGCUGGGUACCGCGGGAAUCAUCUACUUCGUGCACUGGGCGCAGGAAAAUGACAGGGCAGCUAUGCACAGAGGGGUUGAACGCGAUAUGGAAAAACAGCGCAUCCGAGCAGAGCGCCAGGCCGAUUUCGAGAUACAGAAACGCCUCGAAGAGGAAUACCUCAAGCUUCAGACCGUAACGGCUAUCGACACUCCGAGUUCCACGGGAAAGUCUUCAGGAGGCAAUAAUCCAGUGAAUGGCUCAUAG